AUGGGCGAACCAAUUCAAUCACUUCCAGAUUCAGAGCAGGAGCAACGUGCUCUGGCACGGACACUGCUCAUUGAACUGCUGGCCUACCAAUUUGCCUUUCCGGUUCAAUGGAUUGAUACACAGAAAGAGUUCUUCACGCGAGAUGAGGCCGUGGAGCGAUACGUAGAGGUCGGCCCGGCCAAGGUGUUGUCCACCAUGGGCAAGAAGACGGUUGCCCGCAAUCACCAGCUGCAGGACCAGCUGCGCCUGAUUCGCCGCCAAUUCCUUUCCCACAGCGAUGAUUAUGGGCAGAUAUGCUAUGAAUACGAAGAGUCGCAACCAGUGGUCACGACAGAGACUCAAGCUGCCCCAGCCACCCCAGCACCAGUUGCUGUGGCCCCUGAAGCCCCGGUUGCUCCUGCUGCAGCUCCCGCAGCUCCAAUUGUAGCGGCAGCCGCUGUAGAUGAUGUGCCACUAUCUGCGCUGGAUAUCGUGCUGGCUCUGACUGCCCAGAAGCUGAAGCAGCCAUUUGAUCAGGUGCCUCUGCAGAAAUGCAUUCGGGACCUGUCUGGAGGUAAAUCUACACUACAGAAUGAGCUUAUUGGUGACCUGGUGGCCGAGUUCGGUGGUACACCCGACGGCUGCGAAGACCUUCCACUCGAAGCUGUUGGGGCAGCUCUCGAUGGCAGCUUCACCGGCCGUCCUGGCAAAGUCAUGUCUGCAUUGAUUGCCCGCUUGAUCUCGGCCAGGUUCCCCGCUGGGUGGAAUCAGAACAGCAUUCGCAGUCACCUUGAGACCCACUGGGGCUUGGGCUCUCAACGUCAAACAGCUGUUCUCUGCUAUGCCGUCAGUCUGGACCCCUCGUCCCGGCUGGAGAGCCCUCAGGCAGCCAAAGAAUUCGUCGACAGUGUCGUGUCUCGGUACGGACGCCACUGUGGCAUUACUAUUAGCCCAGCUGCUGCGUCUGCGGGCGGAGGUGGUGCCGCUGGCGGAGCUAUGAUUGACUCCAAGGAGCUGGAGCGGCUACGCACGGAGCAGAACGACGCUUUCAAGCACCUUCACCUGGCACUCGGGAAGAUCUUGGACAGCGACGGCGGCGAGCUUGUUCAGAAGCUAGCGCACAGCGAAGAGCUAUGGCAGGAAGCCGACCAGAAGUUGGAGGCUUGGCAGGCUGAGUUCGGUGACGGCUUCUUGACUCGCAUCUCGCCCAUCUUCGACGCGAAACGCGGUCGCAGCUAUGACGCCUGGUGGAACUGGGCUCGCGUCGAUAUUGCCUCGCUGCUGCUGGGACCCGGUAGCACUUCGAACGAGGAGAAGAUCUGGCAGGUUUUGAAUCGCUCGAAUCCCAGCGCCUUCGACCUAGUCAAGUAUCACAUUGCCCACCCAUUACGCCACAGUGACAAGCAGCUGCAGAUCCAGCCCUUGGAGCAGCUGUUCCAGGGUUACCGUGAUGCACUCCAAGGAGACUCCGUCUUCAUCCACCGGCUGCCACCUCUGGGUCCUCGUACCACUGUCAGCCCUAAGGGAGUUAUCGAAUACGAAGAGAUCCCUCGCACCAUUGGCGGACGCCCAGAUACCUACGUCGAGCUACUCAAGCGUGGAAGUCGCUUCGACGCCCCCGUUGCCGACAGCCUACCUUUUGUUCGGCUCUGUCGUCCUAAAGCCAGUGCCUGGAACUACGACGAUGGCCUCACAUCCAGCUACCUCGAUUCAGUCCAAGCGGCCACAUCCAUCGGUAUCAGCUUCUCCGGUAAGACGGUGCUGAUCACCGGUGCCGGACCCCAAUCCAUAGGUGCUGAGAUCACGCGUGGCCUGCUCACAGCCGGUGCCAAUGUCAUUGUUACCACCAGUCGCUCCAACAUGGACUUUUAUCGCAGCCUGUACCGCGACUUCUGUGGUCGGGGUUCGUCCUUGACAGUCUUCCCCUUCAAUCAGGCCAGUCGCCAGGACUGCCAGGCCCUCAUUUCUCAUCUGUACACCAACACUCUGGGUACUGCAGGUGACAUUGACUGCGUGAUCCCGUUCGCCGCCAUAUCCGAGAACGGCCGACAGAUUGACGGACUCGACGGUCUGUCCGAGGUGGCUCACCGCGCCAUGCUGGUCAACCUUCUGCGCCUGCUGGGUUGUAUCAAACAACAAAAGGAAGCCCGUGGAUACGGGGCCAACCCGACGCAGGUCAUUCUGCCGCUCUCACCCAACCACGGUACCUUUGGCGGGGACGGGCUCUACUCGGAGUCAAAAAUUGGCCUAGAGACCCUCUUCAACCGCUUCAAGUCCGAAAGUUGGGGUGACUACCUGACCGUGUGCGGCGCCGUUAUCGGCUGGACCCGUGGCACAGGGCUGAUGAGCGCCAACAACAUCGUGGCCGAGGCCAUCGAGGCUGAAGACGUAAUCACCUUCUCGUCGGCGGAGAUGGCAUUGAACAUAAUGGCGCUGAUGACUCCCGUCAUUGCAGAGGCCUGCGAAGACACGCCCGUGUACGCGGACCUGGGUGGCAAGAUGGAGCAGCUGGCUGACCUGAAGGGUUUGUCGACUGCCGCCCGUAAGCAGGUGUAA